GCGAAAAGACGGGGAUGGAUGAGAGAGAGUGUGAGGUGACAACCUUUCUGUGUAUUGGGGAAAGAAUCGUCGUCCCCUCUCCCUCUCUCUUCUCUGUCCUCGCAGCUGACCCACGAGGUUUCUGUCUGCGCCGCGUGGGUCCCGCACCCUGUGUCUUCCUUUCUUCUUCCCCAGCCGGCCCCUCCAUAUCUCUUUACACAGCUGACGAUAUUUUCUUCUCCACCGGUCACCAAGCUCAUGCUGACCUCUUUCUUCUGAGCCCAGUCAAGUCCCCUUUUACCGAUCUUCUUCGUCCGGGUAGUUACUUGCUCCAUCUCUUUGCAAAUUUGCAUGCAAGUUUCAGUAGCUGUGUAUAAUUGAUCUUGCUGUUCUUUACUUUGCACCAUGCAUGCAUUUGUGAACUCAAACGCUUGUGCAAUGUGCAUCUGUUGUUUCUUUGGUCGAUCGUGCACGCACACAUACACAGACUAUACUGACAGGCAGACCAACACAGCACAUACAUGCAUCAAGGGUCCUGUCGUUGCAGCUACCUACCGUGUCUUUAGAUGAACGGCGAUACCCGUUUCGGAGUUUGGAGAUCGAUCCGCUUCUCGAGUAGGUGUUCAACAGUUCUUUCCCCAUGCAUCGAUCUGCUCACAUCUCGCACUCUAUUUAUCAACCAAGCCAAAUUAAGCCGACAAGCCAGCUCCUUGGAAGUUAGAACCAACCAAGAAACUGAAACGAAACUGUUUUGGUCUCUAGUGCUGCCUCUGUUCUUCGUCCUACGCUGCGCAGUUUGCUUCAGUUCUUGCAUGCAUGGCUGCCACAGCCCACAGAUCAGCUGCCUCAGAUGAUCUAAGCAUGGAAUCCGGCUGUUCUGGCUAGUGGUAGAUAGGCAGGUGUGGCAGGUAGAAACCCUAGUUCUUCCAGAAUUCUGGUGCAGAUCUGAGCUGACAAGGUCUUUCCGCAAGCGAGCGUCGAGGUCAGGAGAGCGAUGGACAUGACCGGCGUCGCGGCGGCUGCGGACAGCCCGGGUGCGUCGGCAGCGCGGCCGAGCCGUUACGUGUCGCAGAAGCGGCGGGACUGGCAGACCUUCGGGCAGUACCUGCGGAACCACCGGCCGCCGCUGGAGCUGUCCCGGUGUAGCGGUGCGCACGUGCUGGAGUUCCUGCGCUACCUGGACCAGUUCGGCAAGACCAAGGUGCACGCGCCGGGGUGCCCCUUCUUCGGCCACCCAUCACCGCCGGCGCCGUGCCCGUGCCCGCUCAGGCAGGCGUGGGGCAGCCUCGACGCGCUCGUCGGCCGCCUCCGCGCCGCCUUCGAGGAGCACGGCGGCCGGCCCGAGGCCAACCCCUUCGGCGCGCGCGCCGUCAGGCUCUACCUCCGCGACGUCCGCGACAGCCAGGCCAAGGCGCGCGGCAUCGCGUACGAGAAGAAGCGCCGCAAGCGCCACCCGCCGGCACACAAGCAGCCGAAGAUGCAGCUGCAGCAGGACCAGCACCACUUCGCGCCCGUCCCGGCGAUGGCCGAGAGGCGCCUCGAGGUGCCGGACUCGGUGCCGCACUUCUUGAUCCCGCACGCGCACUUCCUCCACGGCCACUUGGCGCUGGCCACGGACUCCACCGACCCGGCAGCGGGCGGUGUCGGCAGCACCGGGGAGGACAUGGUGCUGGCAAUGGCGGCGGCGGCCGCCGCCGAGGCUCACGCGGCCGGGUGUUUGAUGCCGCUGUCCGUAUUCCACUAGCAAUCGUAGCUUCACUGCUCCGAUGGGCGUACCAAGAUUAAGUAGGCGUAAGUAUGCAGGUUUUGCUAAUGGCGAUCGAUGUUGAUCUGGUCGCACCAUUUAAUCAUCUUCGGCUUCAUUUGUAUGCGCGCGCCCGUGCAUUGUGUAGUUCUACUCUACCGCAUCAGCUGCUCCUGGCUUUCGGGUAUGGUCUGUGUUCGCGAUGUAAGAAUGGCUGAUUAAUUAGGGGCUUUGUUAAUUAUCCAUGAAUUCGUCCUUGUGAUGAUUUCAUGUACUGUAGCCGAACAAUGGACUUAAAUUUAAACUCGUAUAUACUUUUCA